AUGUUUCGACUGUGGGAACGCUUAAAGAAACUCCAUCAUCUCCUAUAUGAUUGGAGCAGGGCUGGCACGACUAAUUCCCUGCGCAAUAUCAAGACGCUCCAAGCUGAAAUAGAAAGGAUAAAAUUGAUUCACCCGGUGGAUUGGGAUGUGAUCAGGACCCUGGAAACAGAGCUCUCCCGUCAGUGGGAAGCGGAGGAGGUCUUCUUGCAGCAAAAAUCCAGAGUUAAGUGGUUAAAAAAAGGAGAUCAAAAUUCUGCCUACUUUCAUACGGUCACAAGGGCUAGGCGGAAGAGGAAUUUUGUCUCCGGGCUUCGGAAUGAGGAGGGUGACUGGGUCACUACGGAACCUGAAAAGGCUACGAUUGCCACCAACUUUUACCAGACCCUGUUUAGCUCGGAGUCGCAGGUUCCUAAUCUGGCCGAGAGGGUGGCAUCUUUGCCGAUUGCACAUAGUGUUACUCCACAAAUGAAUGCUCAUUUGACGGCAGAGGUUUUGCCUAGUGAGGUCCGGAGUACGGUCUUUGCCAUGGGUUUGAAACAGGCCCGGGAUCGGAUGGAUUUACAGGGAAGUUCUUUAAAGCUUUUUGGGAUAUUGUGGGCACUUCGGUGGUGGAAGCUGUAA